AUGUUGCAUUCUUGUGACACUGUCAUCUCCAGUUCUAGUGCUCUCCAUUUACUGUUGCCUGCCAGCUAUACUACAUGGUACCCUACAGACCUCGACAUUUAUGUGCCUCUUUGCACCUUCCAUUACCUUACCUGGUUACUAAACAACCAUGGCUACUCCUCCAUGUCUAAAGGUGCUGUUAAUCAUUCUACCUAUUCUUACUCAAAGAUUGCCAGCAUCUACACCUUCUCUGAUGGCAUUCAUAUGAUGGAUGUCAUUGUAUCCAAAACCUCUGCAGCAUUCUCUCCUCUUUUCCAGUUUCACUCUACCACCUUAAUGAAUUUUGUCAGUCAUGACCAGAUCUUUUGUGUGUAUCCAUCCCUCACUCUGCACCAUCUGUCCCUUAUCAAU